AUGCCAGGGCCACGUGUUCACGCGCAGCCCCAGCCGCGACAGGUGUCGUUCGCGCCGUCGACCCAGCAACAUCCAAUGCUGGUGCCGGAGAUGGCGGUCGUGCCCAACCCUCUGGAGAACGAGAACGUUCUAGUCACCGUCCGGUUCCGCCCGCUCAGCUUGAGAGAGAUUCAGCGUGGAGAGGACGUCGGGUGGUACGCCGACGGCGACAAGAUCGUGCGCAUGGAGUCGAACCCCGCCAUCGCCUAUGCCUACGACAAGGUGUUUGGGCCCGCAACAACGACGCGGGGGGUGUAUGACGUGGCAGCGCAGCCCGUCGUAUCCGCUGCGAUGGAAGGAAUCAACGGAACGGUCUUCGCGUACGGCGUCACGAGCAGCGGGAAAACGCACAGCAUGCACGGCGACCAGAAGUCUCCGGGUGUCAUUCCGCUGGCCGUGAAGGAGGUGUUCAGCAUCAUCCAGGAUACGCCUGGCCGCGAGUUUCUACUGCGGGUGUCGUACCUCGAGAUCUACAACGAGGUGAUCAACGACCUGCUCAACCCUGCCGGGCAGAACCUGCGCAUCCGCGAAGACGGUCAGCAUGGCACGUUCGUGGAGAACGUGAAGGAGGAGGUGGUGCUGUCAGCCGCGCACGCGCUCUCCCUCAUCGCCGCCGGCGAAGAGCACCGGCAUGUGGGCGCCACGCACUUCAACACGGCCAGCAGUCGCAGCCACACCAUCUUCACUCUCACCGUGGAGAGCAGCGGGCGGGACUUGGAGGGGUACGAGGAGGUCACCUACUCGCAACUGAACCUGAUCGACCUGGCGGGGUCGGAGAACAGCCGAGCCACGACGGGCAACAACGUGCGGCGCAGGGAGGGCACGUUCAUCAACAAGAGCCUGCUCACGCUCGGCACGGUGAUAUCGAAGCUGAGUGAGCGCAAGCAGUCGCACGUGCCGUACCGGGACUCGAAGCUCACACGUCUGCUGCAGACGUCACUGAGUGGCAACGCGCGCAUCUCGCUCAUCUGCACCGUCACCCCCGCCUCAGGCACGCUGGAGGAGACGCACAACACGCUCAAGUUCGCCUCGCGCGCCAAGCACGUUGAGAUCCGCGCCAACGCCAACAAGAUAUUGGACGAGAAGUCGCUGAUAAAGAAGUAUCAGAAGGAGAUCAUGGCGCUCAAGGACGAGCUCACGCGCCUCAAGCACACCAUGUCCCACGCGCCCGCCCCCCCCGCACUGCCCUGGGGGGCUUCGCCUGGCAACGGCAACAUGGGCGACAGCGGGGGAGGAGACAUGGGCGGGCAGGACCUUGCAGUGCUGCGGGAGAAGCUGGAGGCGGAUCAGAUGUUACUGCAGUCGAGGUUGGAGGAGGAGGAGGAGGCCAAGGCGGCGCUGAUGACGCGCAUACAGCGCCUCACCAAGCUCAUCCUCGUGUCCUCCAAGGCCUCCUCCGCCUCCAAGCCCGCCCCCCCUCAGCACGCCCCUCCCACCGGCCGCCUGCGCCGCCGCCUCUCCUUCGGCGAGGAGGACCUGGCGUACCUGAAGCAGCGGCGCAUGGAUCUGGGCUUCGAUCUGCUGGACGACGCCAUGGGCGCGGGGGGAGGCGCGGGGGACGACCUGCAGCGCCUGGGGGGCACGGUGGGCGCAGCAGGGUCGCGCUCUGUGAGCAUGUACAGCGGCGGCAGUGGCAGUGGCGCUGCCUCGCCCCGAGGGACGGGCGCAGGCGCAGAUGGGGGCGGGGGAGGGGGAGGGGACGACGAUGGGGGUCCCAUGAUCCUCAAAUGGCUUCGCUCCAAGAAGGACGGGGCGGGCAGCAAGGACGGGGACGGCGAGGGGGGCGUGCACGCGUCGCUGGCGGGCAGUGAGAACGUGGACCCCAUGCUCGCACUCACUGCCCGCGCCACGGAUGGCAGCAGCGGCACUGCCAUGGACGCGGGCAGAGCAGGCAGUGACAGCGGCCAGUGGCUCACGCGGGUCAGCAGCGGCACAGACAGCUCAGAGGAGCAGGCAGGGGGGGCGGGGGCGGGGGCGCCCAGGAUGACGCGCGCAGUGCGGCGCACGGCGUCGCUGCUCAGUGUGGACGAGGCGGGCGCAGGGGGAGGGAUGGGCAUGGGCAUGGGUAUGGGGGGAGGGGGGCGGUGUGUGGAGACGGUGAGGGCGUCAACACAGGCGGGGGAGUUGUUUCACAUCACAGGCGUGCGAAUCCCAUCGAGCGGCACGACGCUCAUGGACCAGUGCGAGCUGCUGAGGGAGCAGGUGAAGAUUCUAUCAGCGGAGGUGGGAUUCCACACGUCCAACCUGAGGCGCCUCAUCGACAAGGGCGAGAACACACCGCAGGAGCAGCAGGAGAUUGAGCGGCUGCGAGUGGAGCUAGCGGGCAAGCAGCAGCAGCUGCGCGAGAUGGAGGAGCUCAUGCGGCGCAGGCAGGGCGACCAGCCCUCCCCUGCUGCCAGCGCCGCGGGGGGCAGUGAUGGCCUGGGCGUGGGCGCAGAGGCAGACAUGGCCACACAGGAACAGAUGGCCAAGACAAUAGCGAAGCUCAAGGCAGUGCUGAGCGAGAAGACGUUUGACAUGGAGAUCGUGAGUGCAGACAACCGUAUUCUGCAGGACUCGCUCAAGGCCAAGACGUGGCAGGUGCAGCAGCUGAUGGAGGAGGCGAACAUGCUGCGAGUGGAGCUCACGCGCGCCAUCACCACCCGCCACAACGCUGCCAGGGGGCAGGAGGACGCCAACGGGGAGGCUGACGGGCAAGCGGACGCAGCAGGGCAAGGGGAGGGCGAGGGUGGCACGGGGGCAGGGGCAGGGGGCGGUGAGGGGGGAGGGGGUGGCCGGGAGGGCAUGGUGCUGGUGAGGGCGGGCGAGCUGGAGGAGCUGCGGUCGCAUGUGAGGCUGGCUCGGCAGGAGGCGGACAUGCUGCGGCAGCAGCAGCACCAGCUCACCAAGGACCUCGCAGGGGCGCGCUCCCUCGCCCUCACCGCCUCCUGCUCUGCCCCUGCCAGUGCUGGCGCUGCUGGUGGGGCAGAUGGGUCAGGUGCUGCAGCAGGGGCGCCGUCCCUGGCGUCGUUUUUGGACGGGGCGUACAUGAAUGGGCCGGAUGGGCGGGCGGAUCUGAGUGGGUUGCUGCAGCAGGUGGAGGCGGCGAGGGCGCGGGAGGCGCAGUGGCAGGAGCAGCGGCAGCAGCACCAGCUCGUGGAGGCUGAGCUGGCAGCUGCCCGUGCUGAGCUGGCAGCGUACCGAACUGCUGCUGCUGCAGAGGCAGGAGGAGUGGAGAAUGGGGAGGGCGGAGAUGGUGGGGAGGUCGGAGAGAGCGCAGGAGGUGGCGCAGGAGAGGGCAUGAGGAAGCAGGGGGCGGUGGGAGCGGUGGCGGCAGUGGCAGCGCGGCUGGAAGCAGAGAAGGACGCGAUGCUGGCCGUGCGGGAGAGGGAGGUGGGCGAGCUGCAGCAGAGCCUGGCGGCAGCGCAGCAGAGGGAGGCGGCUCUGGAGAGGGACCUGAGCACCAUGUGGGUGCUCGUGGCUGAGCUCAGACACAUGGGGGGUGGCAGUCGCUCCGCCUCUGUCAAGGAUAGUGAGGGCAGUGGCAGGGAGGGCGGUGGGGGCACGGCAGGACGAGGGGGGUUGCUGGACGCGGAGGAGAUGGUGGAGCUGGCGGGCAGCAUUGGGGGCAGCGGGCGGUGGCUGGGGGAGCUGCGGAAAGGGGAGAGCAUGCGCAGCGAGGGGGUGGGUAGUGAGGGGGGCAGCGAGGGCGGGGUGAGCCUGUCGGAGCGGGCGAUGGAGUUGAUCCGAGCGGGGUCGGCGGGGGGGUUGGGGGCGCGUGGAGGGGAGGGGGCGAGUGGGGAGGUGGAGGUGCGAGUGCAGAUGGCAGUGGAGCGAGAGACGUGUGCUCUCAAGGAGGAGCUCGCCCGCAGAAAGGGCGAGCAGCUGGCGGGGUUGACGCUGAGGGAGCUGAUGGCGCUGGAGGCGGACAUGGAGACAGCUCUCACCAAGCUCGAGGUCGCUAAGGUGCUCUCCCGCCCCUCCCCGUUCUUGCUCCGCCCUCCCUCCUCCUGUCUCCCCUCCCGGCCAUUUUGCUCCUCCCAUCCUGAUCAUUUUACCCGCUUCACUAGAGUUCAUCCCUCACCUCCUCUCUAUAUGACCCUCACAGGCAUACAUACACAAGGCACACAGAAUGAGGCAGCUGCUGUGAGUUCACAAAUGACAGGGAGUGAAGCUACCUGA